GAACGAAUAACGCUGAACUGCACGUCACACAUUAGAACAGCUUUUGUUGGGAAAACAACGCCGCACGAAGCUCCCGCAUCGAUGGAAUUUUUAGACAAGUAAAUACGGUGGCCACAUUACGUUCGCAGCACUCUUUGCCAUCACAACUGUUUAACUGCAGAAAAAUAGAACACGUGAGAGAAGAAUGGUUGCCUUUCAUGGUCGUUAGAAGUCCUGCACAAAGUGCGCCCCAUUAGUCAUCGUCCUUCAAUUCUCUUGGGAUGGAAACCGAAACUGCAUCUCCUACCCCCUCCGUGGUGACGGGCCCGUCCACCCUGUGGCGCCUGGCUGGGCAGAGAGCGCGCAAGCAUGGCUCGGGGAACAUCUUUAGCAACGUCAAACUAUGGCAGCUCCAGAGACUUUUCAGGGCAGCCGGUGACAAAGAUGCAGAGCAGAGGGCUCAGCUGGUUUGGGCCCACAGGGACGAGGCAGAACUGGCCCAGGCUUUGGUGGGACUUAGGACCAGGAGUCACCGCAGAGGCCUGAGGACGAAAGGCAGGGAUGUACUGGGCACACACUGGUUGCGAGCCUUCAAUCAUCUAAGAAUUGGAGAGGGCUACCCAAUCAGUCAGGAGAAGGAAUCGGGUGACGAAACAGAUUUCGAGAAUGCUGCUCACAGCAGGAAAGACCCACAACAGAACACUACAACUGAGCCAACAGGAGGAAGCGCAGAGGCCUCAGCAGUACUGACCGAGAGCCAAAUGGCGAGUUGGUCAACUGACAGAGAACCUCGAGCUGGUUCAGGUGCGAGGAGACGUGGCGAGCGCAACAGCGAGAGAUACCUCCACAGAAUACAACAUUGACUAAAGUGGGGAGGACAAAAAAAAAAAAACACAAGAGUACCGUUAUUUUUACUGCUGUAAGUUUUUUGUUUGUAUAUUUAUGACCUGCAACUGGUUUUGUACUAAAUAUUUACUGGAAUUAUGAAUUUUCUGUUGCGUUAGUCAUAAGCGGAUUUUCAGGAGGGGCCAGGCCCCCCCGGUGGCCGGAAAGUGUUAUUGUAUCUCAUUGGCUUUCCUAUACAGUACUAGUAUAUGAUUUUAAAAUUAAGAAUUUUCCGGUAAAAAUAUUGUCUAUAAAAGUUGUAAAGCAAUGAAACAACAAAAAUGAAAGAAAUAAACAAAAAAAGGAUAUUUUUAUAAUGGGUCAAAAUUAUUUUUCGAACACAUCAUGUGACGAGCACCUCAGACGGUCAUUGGCUUUGCUUAGCCAAAACCACCCUAGGACCGAAAAGGCAAGAUGGAUAAACGUAAUUUUUUUCAAACCUAAGCUUUCAAAAGCACCAACAACUACUGAGCAAGAACCAAGGAUCGAAAAUGUGGACAAUGAAACGCUAGAGAGCACCAUCAAAAUGGUAGGCAGAGUUUCAAUUUGCCCCACUAAAGACGCCAAUUGUACACCAGAGCCACCACCGUUGUCUUGCCAAUGUAGUUACCGCCGUCAAAUAUUGUGUCCCUUGGCCGCGGGAGCGCACACACAUUAGUUAUGAGUUAAGUCGACUUAAACAAUUAAUUGAAGCCAGAAAAGAACCACAGUUACAGUAGAUAUUUUGGACAUCGACGUUUAUUAAACUGGAGAAACUCCAUACAGGACUUGAAUUACAGUAAAAAGUUAUAAAUCAUCCUACGAGUAAUACAGUCAAACAUUGCCUUUUUUACGUUCAGUACGUAUGUUACGUUAUACGACAGGAAAAAAGUGUUUUUUUUGUUUUUAUGGAUGUGCCAUGAUUUAAAACCUUGCAGAUAACUACUAUCACCAAAACACGGAAAUCAAGCAAAUCGGUGCAGCAGUGGCUCCGCCCAGGGGAUACAAUUUUUGACUGGGGUAACUAAAUUGGCACGACACCGAUGGGCGUCUCAUAUUCAAUGGAUGACGAUCUUGGCGAAAAGUAUAGCUGUCCUUAGCAGCCCGAUUUGGAAUUCCCCUCAAGAAUGAUGGGAAACAAAAAAAACACUCAUUUUCAACUAUUUAUUAAAAAUAUUCUUGUAAGUUAAUUUUAUUGCUGACACUACGUUUCGGGGUCAUCAACAUGUUGUGCCUUCCUGCCCCAAAAAUCAAACUCCGCCUAUGGCGAUAGUAAUAGAAAGGCACAUUUUGAGUUGAUGAUAGCCAUUGUAAAUCGAAGACUCAAAACAUGAAGGAAUACAGGGUCAGGCAAAAUGAGCUGACACAUUUGUAGGUUUAAUCAAAGCCAAAUAAAGUAAAGAAACAAAAAAGUGCUUAUAUUUUCAAAAAGUACAUAUAAUGUUUUUUUUUUUCUUCUUAUAAUGCCAUUUUGUUUUGCUUCCAAACAAACCUGUAACUGCAACACAAUGAGCGUUCCGUUUGCAGUUCAAUCUUGAUAAACAUGAUCCCGUACCAGCUCGAAACACGAUCUUGUUAUGGGUUACCGACUUCAAAGCUACUGAAUCUGCAUUGAAACAAAAAUAAGCCGACCGGUCUCUCACUGCCAGAACUCCUGUGGCAGCGGUAAUAACAAUAAUGAUCAUUAAUAAUAACACAAUAAUGAUGGAUCCCAUUUGUCUGAUUUAAUUUUUAAAACCACAAUAAAACAAUGCUAUUAUAUGUACCUUUAAAAAACAAAAACACUUUUUUUGUUUCUUUAUUUGGCUUUUAUUAAACCUUCAAAUGUGUCAGAUCAUUUUGCAUGACCCUGUAUAUUUUGUGAUAGAAAAACCCAUCGGUUACAUUUACUUCAUCAAAGUCAUCAAAUACUGCAAGGUGUGACAGUUAAAUUUCUAUUAAUAAAGUUUCUAUUCAAAGUGCUGCUUUAAAAAAAAAAAUUAAAAAUCAUUCAUUCAUUUAACUCAUUGGCUGCCAUUGACAACACUAAACAUUCAAACCAUCUGAAAUGGGAGGACUGCCCUCCCAGUUAAAAUGGAUAGACAUCUUUAUGAAAUCAGUGGCACGGGAAGUGGGGUGCGAAGGGUGCUGUAGCACCUUCUGGUCUUGGGGAGAAAAAGUGGUAGAUUAUUUUUUGUUGUUAACAACAUGGUCUCUACCUGACACCUUGCUUGCAACCAGGUCACGUUGGAUGAGGCACUAUUGGAAUGGAAAAGUCAACUGUUGACAGAAGAGGCGUUAACAUGGCGCAAAAACGAAUUAGCCAUUUUUUCCUAACAAAAAACAGCUCAUUUUUCUAAAAUUCAAUUUGAGGUAAAAAAUGAAGAUGAUUAUGAUAGUUUAUAAUGGUGCCCAGCGAGGAAAAGUUAGCUGCCGAUGUAGCCUUUGGAGAACUUCAGAUAUGUUGCAUUAUAGUCAUAUUAUUGUUUGUUGUUGCUGUUGCGCUGCCACCUUGCAAAGCGCUGUUGGAUAGUCGUGUGCAAUUUAUUUGAGUGUUGUGAAAAGUGGGUGUUAAACCAAGGCUUAUUGGACUUCCUAGUUUUCAAAUAUGUUUGUGUGGCAUUGCACAGUCUAGCUGCCGGGAUUUGCUUUAUAAUACACCAAUACAGAAACUCCAACACACACUGUAGGUGAAAUAGAACGCAGUCUUUGUAGUAGCCUAGUAGUAGUAUGAAAAGUAUUCAGCAUGCACAUGUACUGCCAUUGUGCAUGCCUUGUAUGGAGAAAAAGGCUGUUUUUGGAUCCAUCCAUCCAUACAUACAUACAGUGCCUUGCAAAAGUAUUCGGCCCCCUUGAAUCUUGCAACCUUUCGCCACA